ACGAUCCCUCCCUGCCUGCCGCUGCAUUCAAGUUUAUUUAUUUGCCUGCUGGCGUAGUAUAUUUUUCCUUGCUGCUCUUGCUGCUGCUUCAGAGGGAAAAGGGGAGCAGCUGUUGGGCAAGACCGAGAAGAUCUGGGGUGAAGUUGAUGUUCACGGGACUGGACCCUGCUUUAUCUCAGAGAGGCUCCGGGAGGCUGAAUCAGAUUUCCGCACCUCGCCGUAUCACUCCAUUCGUUUCCCGAGCAGGAGAGGCCAGCCAAGACCAGCAUCAUCAGAGGAGUUUGCAGGCUUGAUUUUGCACUUCUCCGAGAUUUUGCUUUUCCCCACGCCCUCUCAUAAAACAUUUUUUUUUUAAACGUUCAUCUCCUUGGUUUCCACGCCGCUAUAUUUCUUGGAUUGGCCGUUCUUUUUUUUCCUCCCCCCCGCCUUUUUUUUUUUUUUUUUUUCUUCGCUGUUGCUCAGUCUUUGGUGCAUCCACCGCCCAGGAACAGGAAGGACAAGAAAACCACUCCACAAAGUCUCCUUCAAGACACUCCGUGCUGCAGAACAGGCUUCUCAACUCCGUCAGCGCAGCGAGAAAACUCCUCAGGGCUUUUGCUUCUUCUCCCCCCCUUCCCCUCCCCCCACCUUUUUUUCCCCUUGUUUUUGUUGCUCAUUUGAGGGGAGCGGAGGGCCAGAAAGGAAGACACAAACUUUGUGCUUUGACAUCUGCGGAUACUUCUCCUCCCGUUACCAGCCGGCGGCCUUUAAUAUAUUGCCAAGGCCCCCCGUGGGCUUCCAAGGGAAACAUCUCCUCCUCCUUCCCGCUCCUCAGCCUCGUCUCCCGCUCGUUCGCUCCUUCCAUCCCCGCUCACUCCGGCCGUCAGCGCCGCUGGGGCCGCUCGCAGGGGGCGGAGGAAACUGCUCUCGCCCGCCCGCCGCGCCGGCGGGCCGGUGUAUGUCGUGCCGUGGGCUCCGUGCGGAAUUCCCGGUGAAUGAGAACCGCUCGCUGCUUGCCGCCGCCAUCCGUCUCGGUCCCCACCAGCUCCUGCCGGGGUGAGGCUUCCUGAGGGGCCGCGGAUCACCCUCCCCGCCUGCUGCUCGUCUGCGGCGCUAGGCGCCCUCCGCUCGUUGCGGCGCAGCACGCCGCGGAGCCCACCCCCUCCGCACUUACUUUUUAUUUAUUCGCCCCAGAACUCCCGCGCCCCGGCUCGGUUCUGCCUGCCUUCUCCCCCGAUCCCCCCCCCCCCCCCCCCCCUUUCCCUUUUCUUUAUUUUUCCCGCAUCCCGCCUCGCCGCGCCGCCGGCCGGGCGCGAUGCCGCACGUGGAGAUGCUGCUGCUGGCGGUCGCGGCGCUGUGGGUGUGCGUGCGCGGGCAGGAGCCCGGCGCCAAGGCGGUGGCCGACCGCUACGCCGUGUACUGGAACAGCUCCAACCCCAGAUUCCAGCGAGGUGACUACCACAUUGAUGUCUGCAUCAAUGACUACCUGGAUGUGUUCUGCCCUCACUAUGAAGACUCCGUGCCAGAAGAUAAGACCGAACGCUAUGUUCUGUACAUGGUGAACUUUGAUGGCUACAGCUCCUGUGAUCACACUUCCAAAGGGUUCAAGAGGUGGGAGUGUAAUCGGCCGCAUUCCCCAAAUGGACCAUUGAAGUUCUCCGAGAAGUUCCAGCUCUUCACGCCCUUCUCACUGGGAUUUGAGUUCAGGCCAGGCCGGGAGUAUUUCUAUAUCUCUUCUGCUAUCCCAGAUAAUGGAAGGAGAUCCUGCCUAAAGCUUAAGGUGUUUGUGCGACCAGCAAACAGCUGUAUGAAAACUAUAGGUGUUCAUGAUCGUGUUUUCGAUGUUAACGACAAAGUAGAAAAUUCAUUAGAACCAGCAGAUGAUACCGUACAUGAGUCAGCCGAGCCAUCCCGUGGUGAGAACGCAGCACAGACACCAAGGAUACCCAGCCAGCUUUUGGCAACUCUAUUGUUCCUCCUGGCAAUGCUUUUGAUAUUAUAGCACAGUAUGCUCCGGCAACCUGUCACAGAAAAUACCAGGGUCUUGGAACAUCAAAGAUCCACCUAACUGCUCAUCCCAGGAAAGGGACUUUAUUGUUUUUGCAGAUGUCAAAUUGUUAUUUUUCCCUUUUCUUCUCCCUUUUAGCCUGAACUCAGCAAAAAUUUGAAGGGGAUAACUAGCUUCAGCACCCACCCCUACCUACCCUGUGACUUUCUUAACCCCUCCAUAUAAAUAAAAGGACUCCAAAUGAAAAUGCCAAACUAUAAUAGUGACACUAGUGAUUCUUAUUUUCUUCUGCAUUCUUCUUUAAGAAGUCACCUCUGUUAGCUCACUGUGUCAUCCGUAUGUGGACAAGAAAGUGUAGUGGCAGAUGCAGUCAAUGAGGGAUAAGGAAAGUGAAUGAAAACCUGGGAGUCUUUCUCUGUGAUACAAUAUUUAUGCCUUCUAGUUCAGCACUGUAAGAUGGUCAUGCAAGGCAUUGUGUCACCAUGUCAGGAUUUGAUGGGAGAUAUUAAGAAUAGACAUUACACUAUUUCCUCCAGAAGUUUCUAAAUGAAGGCUUCUGAAAGGGGAAAAUUAUGUUUCUUGUGGGACUCUUGAAAAAUCCUUGAGAGUAAAACUUUUGCUCACAAGUAGAAAUGCUGUCUUUGGUGAGAGGAAAAAGUUAGUAUUUAGGAAUGUUAGCACACAGCAGGCAAGGUCAGAUUUAAGAAACUUCACUGGGGGUGUGAGUGCCUCUGUUAUUUCGUUUUAAGGGGAUAAUGCACACCGGCUUAUUUUAUUUUAAAACAAAUCACCGUGGUGCUAAAUUUUUUUUUCUUGAAAUGCAGAGGCACUUUUGAGAAUAAAGUGACCUUCCCCAGCGCUGACUUAGUAGCUGAUAGCCUUGGAUGCUGCUCUGGGUGUUAAUACAUGCUAAAAAAGGACAUCGGUGGCCAGAGGAAACAUGUUUGGGACACAAGAUCUCCAGUGUUGUCUUGAUUUGUCUCUCCUGUAAGUUCCUCAAUCAUGGGAAUAAAUCACAUGUAGAAGCCAGGGCAGUCUAAUAGCAUUGUUUGGUGGGGGAAAAGAAAAUAAGUGUGGAAUAUAAAUUCAAUGUUGAUUUUUUAUCUUUUCCCCUUCCAGCACAGUUUGAAGAGUAGAGGAAACAUAUUUAUCAGCUGGAGAUAAACUAGAUGGGCUCCCAAAGACUUAACAAAAUAUUUUUUUAAAAAUCCAUUAGAAUAGAAAAUACAUUAUUUAGAUAUACUUUAUGCUGAGAGUGAGUAUAUAUGCUUGUCCUAUUUAAAUGUGAGAGAAGUGGUAACCCUUGAUGGAAUUAGGAGUGACCUGUUUAAGGAAUCUGAGCCUUGGCUAACAAAACUUGAAAAAGUAAUUUGCCAGGAAGUGCAAGCCUUGGGUUAUUUUUUGGCUAGACUGCCAUGAAAUUCGGACUGCUAAGCAUAAUCAGUGAAAUUUCAGACCCAGACUGAAACAGAGCUUUUCUGAUAAAAACUGUGGUAAUUAAGUUAUAGGUGAAACAAAACAUGGAGCGUAUUCAAGCAAAACAAGAUUUUUCUAUAUUAAGUAUGAAGAAAAUUUCUGCCGUAACAAAACUAAUUGAUGCAAUUAGUGGACACCGCUUCAGAGACUUUAUAUUUUUAAAUGAAGAAAGGCCUUCCAGAAGUUGAGGCAGGAGAGAGGAAAAUAAAUUUGAUGUGUAAAGAGAGGUUUUAUGCAUGCUGAGCUAUGACCUGGGCUUGCCUGAUAUCAUACAUGUUCAUGAAUACAGGACCUACAGGAGGAAUGCAGGAAAUUCGCUCUAGUGUGAAGUGCACAGAAUAAAGAUACACGGUCCAAACAGUGAGAGAAGUCAUCAUCUUAUUACAGGCUGUACGGUACUUUGCUCUCUUUAAGCUGUAUAUACUUGAUACACACACUAAUACUUUCUGAAGGUAGGAAUUAAAAAGCUUUGGAUGAGGUAAGCUUAAUCAGAAUGCACCUUACCAAAUGGAUUGUUAACCAGAGUACAGAUAAUAUUGCAUGAUGUGUAACCAUAUUAAAAUGAUUUACAGUAAUUGCAGGCAGUCACACAAGUAGUGCAGAUUUGAUAUAGAAAUGGUGACAUUUGUCAUCCUUUGUCUCUGAAUGGUGUUAAAGUCAUCCAUUUACCCACAGCAAAGGAUUGUCACUAGUGUUACUCCUGGUGAAACUCACCCCUUCACGUUGUCCGGGAGCCUUGCUGCAUAUGUGAGGGACAACACAAGCGAUGAUCCUUGGGCUGCCCAGCGUGGCUGGAAGCAGCAUUCCAGGCACUGCCAGUUUCAUACUUGAUGGCAUUAGGCAAUCCCAGUCAUACCAAAUUCAUAAAUGUUGGUGGGUUUUGUGUUGUGUUGCAAACCUCUGGAUGCUUUAAGUGCAGAUGUUGCUGAAAAUUAAGGAGUUUUUUGCUCCCUUACUCUUCAUCUGCCCCUGCUCAAGCCUGAGGUACUGAUUCUCCCCAGCCAUAGUGGGUUACUUGCACCCAUGACCUGCACUCCUGGCUGCCAAGGGCAUUGCAAUGUGAACCAGGCGAAAUAGGAAUCAGUCAGUUUAGUGGAUACUGUGUAUCCUUCAAUAGACAAGGUAACAUUUUGUGUUAGUUUAGAAUAUUGUUUUGUACUGUACUUACCUGGAUGGCGAAGGAAAGACAAGUAAAACUUAAAGCUACAUUCUUUAAAUUCUGUAUUAUUAGCAACAUCUGUUGUAUAUAGUGUUUGAUAAUAAAGUAUUAAUUUGAUUCUUA